AUGAUGAUGCCUUCCUCCACCACUGCACUCAACACCAACAACUUGGACGGCUCAGCUUCGGACUCGAAGCUUUGCUUCAUCCGCCUGACGCCAUUCCUCUGGGAUGCAAAUAUGCGCCAUGAGGAGCGCCUUAGACGUGGAGCAUUCACCCCCCCGAAGCCACUCAAACGGCUUCAUGAAAACCCGUCUGCCGAAGCAAAGUUUUUCAAUCGGAACGGUAAAACCACACAGGAGGGCCAUACACGAACACCACAUUCACGAUUCCAGCCUUAUGCCGGUGCACGACGACAAAUUACUCGGAGAUCAUGCAUCGAUCCUGCGGUCACUCAAACGUUGACGGAACUACCAAGAGUCGCCUUAGUCGGAUUUUCCCGUGCAGGAGCAGAAGUCAACACGCAGGCUCACUCGGAUAUAGACACUGACCUGGCGGCUCUUUCGAAGCGCAGUGAUGAUGUUCAAGGCCUCCAUUAUGUUCUUAUGGACCUUUCAACGGAUGAAAAAUCACCGGUCAUUAAACAGAACUGCUUCAAAUUGCUGCUAGACACAGGAUGCCCAGUAACGUAUGUUCAUUGUGAUUUGUUCUAUCUGUAUUCCCUGGACUAA